AUGCUCCAAUUCCGCCACUAUGCUUCUAUCGUCAUGAUUUUGGUUUGCUUAUCAUUUUUUUAUUCUUAGAAAAAUUCCACUUAAGGUGUCCCUUUUCGGCACGGCUUCGAAUUUGUUGGCGAUUUUGGUGAUUUCGAAAAAUUCGGCUCUGAAAAACUCGUUCGGCGCCUUGUGCUUCUCCCAUUGUUUGGCGAAUUUGGGAAUCUUGGCCGUUUUUGGAGCGUGGGCGGCUCCGCUGAACUUUUUGUGAGUUUGGCUCAGUUGUAGAGCUCUUGAUUUUCAUCAAAUGGGUCGCAAGUUCGGAUCCCCUCGAUGUCCAAUUUUCGAUUUAUUUUUUUGCUUUUUUUGAGAAAUGUUUGUCGCCUUUUUUUGAGAUUCAUUUUCAGUAUCGACAACGGAAAUGAAAUUCCUUCCAUUUUCAUUAACCUACGGAUUGGACAGGUAAUAAUUUUCCAGGAAUUAUAAUAGAAUAAACUUUAGAUUUGCCUAUUCUUCUACAAUAUUAGCCUUUUGUCGCACCUCUGCGUCUCCAUGAACCGAUUCGCUUUCAUUAUUUUCCCCAUGAAGGUAAGCCUAACCAUUCCAAAUGCGGUCAUGGCUAAUUUUGAUGCUUUUCAGGCACCUCAUCUGAUGGGCCGUAGAACGACUUUUUGGAUCAUCGUGGUGGUUUGGAUUAUUUCCGUUCUCGAGGUUCUUCCGCUGAAUUCAGGCUAG